AAAAUUACAAUGAAAAACAAUCUGUUUGUAUUCAUUGUUUUGGGAUUCGUGCGUAACAACGAGACCGCUGACAUCACAACAACUACGCCACAGAUAUCAAGUCCGAAUUUGCUCCGCUCUAUAUCAACUCCAUUCGGAAGUUCUCUUGACCGACCCAACCAAGACAGAAAUACGAAACUAGUGGGGAAGCUAUCUGAAAUGAUCAACAGACUUCAAAGAUGGGCGAAUGACAUAUCCAGGCAUCCUAAGCAGAAAAUCAAAUCGAGAGGAAAUGAGAACCAACGAUUCUUAUGUUUUGGGCAUGAAGUAUUUUGCAAAGAGCUGGUGUAUAUAAACAAUGCUGAAAAUUACUGGGAAGAUUAUGUAGAAAACAUGGAAGAGACUAAGGAUCCGAGCGAGACCUAUCUCCCAGUAGGAUUCUUGAACCCUCUCCUCGUUCAACAGUCGGAGAAAAUGUAUGAGAACCUGAACAAGAACUUGAAUAAAGACAAGAGUUAUCGCGCUUCCCUCUCUCGGAAUAAUGUACAGAAAACGAUGGCGGAUCGUGUGUUUUAGAAUGCUUUCGGAAGUUUGUACGUAAUUUAUAUAGUGGUCAACAAAUUAGUCGUUAGAGCUACCUUAGUUUUUUUAAUCAUUUUUUUUUUACUAUAAACUGUUAUUUAGUAAAGAAAAGUGUCAUAUAUUUUAACUUUAAAAUUUGAAUAUGUUCCAAUAUCGUCAUACAGAAUUUUUCUUCUGGAGAUUAUGGUCUUAAAAUGGCAUUGACCAUCCAGCUGUCUUUUAAAAACACAAAAAAAAAUAUUUAUAUUAAAAUGUUUUUUUUUCAUUCCUCGCCAUUUUUGGAGAAGAUACAUGUAGAUGUAUUACAAUGUACAAUUUGUCAUGUAUUUAUGUGAAAAUAAAUGUCAUUUAAAUGUAGUUACAAUAAUGGCUGCUUACAGAUGUACAUGUACAAGACACCCUGAUAUAAGAAAAUCACUCCUGCACACAGUCCUCACUUUCAUUAUAUAACAAUAUUUGACCUGAAAAUAUAUUUAAUAUUUUUUUGGAGAGAUACAUUGUUUAAGCCCUUACAAAUUUCUCAGUCAUGACGUGUAAUUCUGUAGCGGAUGCUUGAAGCUAUUGCACUACUAAUUUUUGAAAGUUUAAUAGAUCUACAGCAAAAGAAAUUAGAAUAUUUUGCAAAUAGCUAGUUUUUUUUAUUAAUUCUAUUUAUUCUUUCAAAAGCUCCUAAUAAUAGGGAUGUGUUACAUACCUUCUUAACUUUGUGUUUAAAAAAUGGUGAGAGUAUUAAGAUUUUAAUGUUGAUAAACAGAUUUCAUAUUGCAAGCGUGA